UUAAUAGACUUACCUGGUUGAAACAGUACGAAAGCUAUUGAAAUAAUGCGACAUUUAGGAAAUGUAUAUUUGUUCUAUGUUGAGAAAUGGAAGAAAUUAAAUGCGUGCGCUUGUUUGAAGCUUAUCUUUGCAUUUUUUGUUAUUAUUUUUGUGACUUACUUAUUGUCAAUAUUUAGCUACUUGCUUAACGAGUUUGUAUUACAAAGCAAUAUAUACAACACGGAAUGUGACCGCUGUCGUGGCGCAGCUACGGAGUCAUCUCAGAUCGCCAGCUUUCCUCGCCAUAUUCACCAGGUGUACUACCCUCAAGAUGGCAGCAGUGAACUUCCGGUGCGAUUGCAGAAGACGCAGCGAUCAUGUCGAGUGCAGAACCCGGAUUAUGCGUACACGUUAUGGGAUGAACAGCGUGUAUUAAAACUGAUCAACGAAGACUACCCGGAGCUAUUGAACCUCUAUCUUAGCUAUGAGAAAUGGAUAUGGAGGGUGGACAUGGCACGGUAUCUCUUCAUAUAUCACUAUGGAGGCUUCUACUUAGACAUGGACAUGGAAUGCAUACAAGGACUGGAAGCAAUCAGGGAGGGAGCCGAGCAGAAUCGAAGUAGCGUCGUCGUUCGGAUGACCGACCCCGUUGGCUUCUCCAACGAUUUCUUCGCCGCCACGCCGCGUCACCCAUUUAUGUGGAGUGUCGUGACGGCACUUCCGCAUGCCAAGCGGUGGUUCGUCUUCCCUUACGCCACCAACAUGUUCUCCAUAGGAACGAUGUUUUUCUGGGGCCGGUAUUUGAACUACCCUCGAAAGUCCGAGUUCUACAUUCUGCCUCACUACCGUGACUAUAUUGUGCACUACCACGACAGCUCCUGGCACCACUGGGACGGGAAGGUGGUCUGGUACUUCUUCAAUCACGCGUUUCUGUUCUGGACACUUCUAGCCAUAAUAUUUAUAUGUAUCGUUGUUAUUUACAGAUAUUUUCUUAAAGUAGAGUCUACUAUAAACGUGGUGAAGAGUUUAAGUCAUGUGUGAUCCAAUGCUUGUACUUGUGCUGAAUGAUUGGCAUCGGUGUUGUAUAUACACGCGAUUGAGUGUUAUAAUGCAUGUAUGUGUCUCAGUCUAUUACACAAAUCAUUAUUAUAACUGUCAA